UCACUGCUCCACUGUUUUCUCCUGCCUCAUCAGGGAAAGCGCAGAACCGCAGCCCGCAAUCAGCGGUGACUUUUAUUAGUGAAAACAGCGGCACUUCCGAAGCACGAGCCUGGGCUUCUGGAUUCACCCACAUCUCCAGCUGCAUCUCCAGGGGCAGCUCUUCUGCGGAUGAAUUUUGCACGACACCUCUGUAGGAUUUCUCUUUUUGCUUCCUGACAACAGGGACAGAUCCCCAGUGGAGUUACCGCUAACUGGAUGCAGACUUCCGCGCUGUGUGUGUGUGUGUGUGCGUGCGUGUGUGUGCGCAUGUUGUGGAUCCUGUGCAGAUUACACCAAAUCCCGACUAUUUCUAUGAAGCAACACUGAACAGCACGAGAGGAAAAAGAAGCAUCGGGUGAUCUCUGUGUCUCUGCGUGUGUGUGUGUGUGUGUGUGUGGGGCAUACAUUUCAGGUCCAGAACUGAGCCUAUGUAACCACGCCAGUGUAACACUUUGGUGCGUUUUUGCACGCCUCCAUCGCCUGAAUCGUGAAUCCUGAAAGGGCAGAAAUGUGCGCUUUAUACUCUGUCAGAAGGCAGAACGCGUCUGUUUUCAUUAGUGGCUCAGACAAUCUGUAUUUCCACAUUUCCCAGGAUGCACACACUCUGUCCCUCGAGCGCAACAUGUAUUUCCUGUAAGUGCUCCUUCCUUUCUUUCUUUCAUUCUCUUCUUUUUUUUUUUCCCUCGGAAGACUGUGGAUUCUUCGGAUAGCGACCACAACAGUGAAUGCAAACAAGCGAAUUUCACUUUGCAGUCAUGUGAAAAAGGGAUGAAACACGACAUUAAACCGCGAAGGCCAUUUUGAUCACGCCAGAGGCUAUUCGUGCAAGUGGUGCAUUUUCAGACCUCCAUGGCGACUGCUUCUUGUUUUUAAAGCUUUAAAAUAAUAAAAUCAGCCACCUGAGCCCAAUUUCACUUCUCCAAAGCAUGUGUUAGCCUGCAUCUGGAAGAAAAGAGGAAUAAUCUCAUUGCUUCCUUCCUGAAUCCUGCGUUCAUUGUCUCCGCGAGGCUUCACCAUGGAAACCUGGCGCGAGCGACCAUGAUGGCAACCCGGGCCGGAAACACACACAGCGGCGCAUAUGUAAACAAGCAUGGCUAGAGGGACAGAUCUCUCUUAAACUGCCUUUUCCCCUCUAUGUGGACCGCAGCCGAGCAUUCUGUGGCCUGCUUUUUGCACAUCGUCCUGACAACAAAUGCAUCCUGCUCAAAAAAAAAAAAAAGUGUUUCAAAUGCCAAAGUGUUAAACCUUUCUAGUCACUUAAGAAGGGUCCAGUUUGAUGACCAAAAUCUGUGUGAAAUAAAUUAAAUGUACAUGCAAGCUCCAGUUUCGGUGCAGGGAGUGCCAAUCAGGAGCCCAGUCUGAAUCCAGUCCUCAGAUGUAACUCUCAGGUCGGAAGCGUGUUUGACAUGGGCGUGAAGAGGGUGCCAGGCAAGCCAGCCCAAUGUACUUGUAAUGCACUUUUUAAGAACCACUUGUUUAAAGAGUAACAGGGACAAUAAGGAUCUAUUUUUCAUUCUUCAAGUAACCUAUUGGCUCUUCAGAAUGCCUCGGAACCGGGCCUUCUCCGAGCCGGAGUACUCUGCUGAAUAUUCAGCAGACUGCUCGGUCACGCUGCCCUCCGAUCCGGGCCAAGCAGUGGGAAGAACCCACGAGGUCACCGUGCGUAACUCAGGCUGCUGUUUGUGUCUCCCUCGGUUCAUGCGCCUCACAUUCACCCCAGACUCACUAGAGAACCUCUACCAGACCUAUUUUCGGAGGCAGCGGCAUGAAACCCUGCUGGUGUUGGUGGUGUUUGCAGCCCUCUUCGACUGCUAUGUGAUUGUGAUGUGUGCCGUGGUCUAUACCAGUGAUAAGCUGGCGUCUGUGGCUGUGGCCUGCGUAGCAUUGGCUGUGGACAUCGUGCUCUACCUACUGUGCCGCUACGGCCUUCUGCCUGAGCGCAUUUCUCGCCGACUGGUGCCCUAUGCCCUGUGGGUGCUCAUAGAUGCCCAGAUCUUCUGUUAUCUAGGAUUGAACUUUGCCCGCUUCCACCAGGCCAGUGACACAGUAGGCUGGCAGGCCUUCUUCAGCUUCUCCUUCUUCUUGACACUGCCGUUACGACUGACACCAAUUGUGCUCAUCACAGCUGUGUCGUGUGGCGUGCACACGUUGGCGCUGGGAGUCACCAUCGCACAGCAGCAGCAAGAAGACAUCCAAGGAGCUGCUCUCGGGAGACAGCUGUUGGCCAACAUCCUGAUCUACAUAUGUGCAAUUACUGUGGGGCUUAUGUCAUAUUACAUGGCUGAUCGCAAACACCGCAAGGCCUUUUUGGAGGCCAGGCAGUCUCUGGAGGUGAAGCUGAAUUUAGAGGAACAGAGUCAGCAGCAGCAACGUCUACUGCUGUCCAUUCUGCCCAAGCACAUAGCAGACGAGAUGCUACAAGACAUGAAGAAAGAGGCCAGUCAGAAAGAGAUGCAGCAGUUCAACACUAUGUACAUGUAUCGCCAUGAAAAUGUUAGUAUUCUGUUUGCAGACAUUGUGGGAUUCACCCAGCUCUCCUCUUCCUGUAGUGCACAGGAGCUAGUCAAGCUGCUCAAUGAGCUGUUUGCCCGCUUUGACAAACUGGCUGCUAAAUAUCACCAACUGAGGAUUAAGAUCCUCGGGGACUGCUACUACUGUAUCUGUGGCCUUCCAGAUUACCGAGAAGACCACGCAGCCUGCUCCAUAAUGAUGGGAUUGGCCAUGGUGGAAGCUAUUUCCUAUGUUCGAGAGAAGACGCAGACAGAUGUUGACAUGCGUGUUGGGGUGCAUUCUGGGACAGUUCUUGGUGGGGUGCUGGGACAGAAGCGCUGGCAAUACGAUGUCUGGUCCACAGAUGUCACAGUGGCCAACAAAAUGGAGGCUGGAGGUAUACCUGGGCGAGUGCACAUCUCUCAGAGCACACUCGAGUGUCUUCAUGGUGAAUUUGAUGUCGAGCCAGGGAAUGGAGGCGACCGCUGUGAAUAUCUGAGGGAGAGAGGCAUUGAAACUUACCUGGUUGUUGUUCCCAAAGGACCAGUGAGCAAGAAUGGCAUCAAUGGAGUGAAGCUGUCGGUAACUUCAUCUAAUGGGAACUCUCCUCUGUUGAUCAACACUACAGAAUGUAAUGGCAGUGUACACACAGGCUGCACCACACCUGAAGAACCAGAGGAGCUGGACACACGGGUGGUGAAUCCCUCGUUUCCAAACCCUCGGCGGCGUCUUCGUUUGCGAGACCUGGCUGAGAGAGUUAUUGAUGCUCAGGAAAAUGAGCAGGAGCUGAAUAAACUCCUGAACGAGGCACUGCUGGAGAGAGAGACAGUGCAGGCAUUAAAGGGAAAGUACACUAACCGCCUUUCGCUGCGCUUUGUGAACCCUGAGCUGGAGACACGUUUCUCAGUCGAAAAGGAGAAGCAGAGUGGAGCCGCCUUCAGCUGUUCCUGUGUAGUGCUGCUUUUUACAGCAGCAAUUGAGGCACUUAUAGAUCCUCUGUUGAUAGCCAACUAUGUGACUCUAGCUGUGGGGGAAGUGCUGCUGCUCAUUCUCACCAUCUGCUCCCUGGCAGCCAUUUUCCCACGGGUAUUUCCUAAGAGACUGGUGUCAUUCUCUACAUGGAUUGAUCACACACGUUGGGCUCGCAACACUUGGGCCAUGGCAGCCAUAUUCAUCCUCACACUGGCUGACAUAAUAGACAUGCUAAGCUGCCAGCCUCCACAGCCUGUUGGGGAUGUUUCUCCAGCCCCAGGUGGACUAGGCGGUUGUCUGGAGAACCCCAAAUAUUACAGUUACAUUGCUGUAUUAGCGCUGAUUGCUACUACCAUGCUGGUGCAGGUCAGCCACAUGGUGAAGCUUACGCUGAUGCUACUGAUCACAGUAGCCUCGGGCAUCGUCAAUAUUUACAGCUGGAGGGACAUCUUUGACCAGUAUGAUCUAACCCACUAUAAGAAGUACAGAAUAUACCUCGUGCCCUCCAAAUAUACAAUGACUGUGAUGAUCUUCAUCAUGAUGGUCAGCUUCUACUACUUUGCACGACAUGUGGAGAAACUGGCCCGCACGCUGUUCCUGUGGAAAAUUGAGGUACAUGAGCAGAAGGAGAAGGUGUACGAGAUGAGACGCUGGAACGAGGCUCUAGUCACGAACAUGCUCCCGGAGCAUGUUGCCCGCCACUUUCUGGGCUCCAAAAAGAGGGAUGAGGAACUGUACAGCCAGUCCUAUGAUGAGAUUGGGGUCAUGUUCGCCUCUAUCCCAAAUUUCUCCGACUUCUACACAGAGGAGAGCAUCAACAAUGGGGGCAUUGAGUGUCUGAGGUUCCUCAAUGAAAUUAUCUCUGACUUUGAUAGUCUUCUAGAUGAGCCUCAGUUUCGCUGUAUAACCAAGAUUAAGACUAUCGGCAGCACUUACAUGGCAGCAUCCGGAGUCACUCCUGACACCAACGCUAACGGCUAUGCUUGCAUGAAGCAAAAGGAGGAAUUGUCUGAUAGGGAGCGCUGGCAGCACUUGGCAGAUCUGGCAGAUUUUGCUUUGGCCAUGAAAGUUACUCUGAUGAACAUUAAUUAUCAGUCCUUUAACAACUUCAUGCUUCGCAUUGGGUUGAAUAAGGGUGCUGUUCUUGCCGGGGUCAUAGGGGCUCGGAAGCCUCAUUUUGACAUCUGGGGCAACACUGUUAAUGUGGCUAGUCGCAUGGAGUCUACAGGAGUGAUGGGAAACAUUCAGGUGGUGGAAGACUGCUAUAACAUCCUGAAGGACUAUGGCUUCCGUUUUGUGAGAAGAGGACCAAUCUUCGUUAAAGGGAAGGGAGAGUUGCUCACUUAUUUUCUAAAAGGACGAGAAAAACAGGGUUCCUUCAUCAAUGGCUCCUCUGUCACACUGCCUCAUCAGGUGGUGGACAGCUCUUGACCUACUUGCACAUAAAACCACCAUAUACUAAACUUCAAAUUAAUAAUCGCCUACCCAACAUAUGUAACAUACAUGUAACAAGUAAGACCUUGGAAGGGGAAUUUCACAGAUUUUUCCAAGAUCUAUCAUAAUUCACUUAGUGAAAAUUAAGUUAUGCAGACUGAAGAGAAGAGAAGAGUAGAGAAGAGAAGAGAAAAAAAAAUCCUAACAAUUGUGAUAGGAACCUGGGGUCAUUGUCGUAACUUCAUACACAAUGAGUCCUUUACUAAGUGGCAUUGUGAAAUGCAGUUUAGGCAAAAAAGACAUUCAGUUUCUGUUAGCACAAAAGGACAUCUAUUGUAUCUGCACAUCAAAUUCCACCUGCCCUGGACUGUUCUCUUUCUUUAUCAGUGUUCUGUAGUUUUCCUCAUCCUUCUGGCGCUCUCUUUGUGAGUCUACUGCAAUUCUUUAUCUGCAUUUAUAGGUUAAAACUGAUGCAGCUUCUGGAUAUUUAAAAAUAUCCUCCUAUGCUGCCAUUUUUGUUAGUAGGUAGGCUAAAAGUAAAUAAAAGAGUGGAAUAGUGCACCUGUUACAUGUGUUGACUGGCUAUUUCUACAGGCUAUAUUAACAGCAGAAAUGCCUGACAUGGUUUGGGAGUUUGGCUUUCAUGCACAAUGCAACAGUUGGAACGAGAACAAGACAGAAGUAAUCAAUGGAUACAAUUUUAUACAAAACAUAAAUAUGGCUAAAGCCUUGUCACAAAGCUAUCAUUAAACUGCCUCUAGGGCAUCAGCCAUAUAUUUGAAUCAUGUUUCUGUGAGGUAGAUUCUAGAGACUUUACGCACUUCAAACAGCUGGUUCCUAUCACUGCCGUUGUAAAUACUCCUGAAUGAAUGGUGCGUAUUUGAUCAAACAAUCCGAAUAACUUUCAUACUUCUUAAAGAUUUAGGAAGAGUUUUGGAAGAAUUGGGUAGAAAUUUGAAGUAUCUGUGGAAUUCCCCUUAAAAAAUAUUGUUUUGCAUAUUAAAAGGGAGGCAGAUCACAGAAAUACAGUGUAAAAUAAGAUUUCUCUCUGGUCACUCAGGAGAAAUACGGGGUCAUACUGUACGUGGAUCAUUUAAAUAAUGACUGGCUGGAUGGAUGGAAGGAAGAAUGAAUGAAUUUCCAAAAAUAAUCUGUCUGCUGAAUCAGUAAAACUAUUGUUUGACUACAACACAAAGUACAAAACAGUAGAUUUAGUGACUUGGUGGAUAAAAUCAAGAUUGUACAUGACACACAAUGCUUUUACAGUUGACUUUUAAACUGAUCCUAUAUAAGUUAUUGUUAAAAAUUCUGUUGUAUGUCUCAGAUUUUUUUUGUUAAUUGAAGAGCAAAUUUUAAAGCAUAUAAAGGGAAGCACACUGGCUCUCUCUGCCAUUUUGUGUGUGCAGAUGCAUGCACGCAGACUUGUGUGUGUUCUUGCCUGCUGUACUGAACAUCUUUUUAUCUACCCUCUUUUAUUUCUGUGGCUUUGGACUUUACAGCCCUUUAUGGUCAACCCAUUUUUCUACCCAGUUGCAAGUGUUUUAGUGUGCCAUACAAGAAGUGCCAUAACAUAAUUUUGUGUCCUGUAUAUAUGCUCCUCUGGGGUGAUCGACGUGUCACUGUGAGCAGGCGAAAUACAAGUGUGUAUGUACAGUAUGCAUGCACUAGAUGAAAGUGCAGCUAGGGUGAAGAGAUUUUUUUUUUUUUUUUUGGCAGUAUUGGAGAUAUGGAUGCUUCUCAGAUCUCUGAUUAUAUUCCCCUCAAAGACUUUCCUAAAAUACUAGAUGAAUGUGCAAUAGUUUAUUCUUUUACAAUGUUCUGUUCUCCAAUACCCUUUGCAAAAACAUUCUCUACCCAGUAAGUCAUAUUUUUAUAUUGUAUAUGUUUCAUUCAAAAGAGUAUUGUGCAGUUUUACCAGGUACAGGACUGGAGUGGUGUGCCUGGCAGCAGUUUCCUGUUAAUUUAUUGCUGAUAUCAGGGAUAUUGAAUGAGAAACCACAGACAGAAUUGCAAUUAUUGUUUUUGAAUUGUUGUAAUGGAUUCUGAAGGAAUGUCAUGGAGAUUGUUUUUUUUGUUUGUUUGUUUGUUUUCUGGCCUGAUGCAGGAUUUUACUGAAAAAUAAUUUGAAUUUUUUUGAAAUAUCCUAAGACAUGGGAAUAAAAUGGCACUUUGAAUGA